AUGGCGGAUAAGAAGAUGGUGGCGAUGCCGCCACGGGAUGCUAUUGUGGCAACGAUUGAGCCUGCCUUGAAGGUUGGGACGGCAUGUGGGACAGCUGGCUUCCUGUUUGGAGGCGCGGCAGGCAUUGUCAAAGGCACGACCCCAUUCAUCUUCGCAUCAGUAUCUGGCGUUCAGACGUUCGCCCUUGGAGCAGCAUUCUGGGCUACCCGCAGUGGCAUUGUGCAAGCGUGGACGCCAGGAGACCAACAACUGCCCUCGGCCGACUUGAUAAAAGCCAGCACCAUUGCAGGUGGAGUUACAGGCGGAGCUGUAGCCUUGCUUACGAGGGGGCGGGCCAACUUCCUACCUGGCGCACUCAUGUUUUCCAUCUUUGGAUUCGCUGGACAAAUGGCAUCGAACAAUCUGUACAAGCGACGAGAGGCUGCUGAACACGAUGCAAAGCCGGGCUUCUGGCGACGCAUGAGCGACAAGCCUUGGAGUCCGGUGACUGUGAUGAGCAACGAGGACUACGCGAAGAUGCUGAAUGAGAAGCUGCUAAGGGUUGACGCUGAGAUAUCGAUUAUGGAUGAUCGCAUUGCGGCUUUGAAGAAGGCGCAAGAGGCGCAAGCUUCAGAAGCAUCCUCGCCGAAGGAAUGA